GAGAACCUGCCGUGUCAGUGUGGAGGCCAUCUGAGAGUUGUUGCGAGCACAGUUUCCGUUAUCCAGGGUUUUUAUUAUCUUAAUGUUGGUAGCAAGAAAUGGAGAACAAGCGAAUGUGGAGUGAUGAAGAGACACUGGCCUUUGUUGGCUUCAUGGAAGAGUUUGUCGUUGACGGUCAGAGGGCUGACUGUGGGCAGUUUAAACCGGGAACAUUCGAGAAGCUGGCUUUGAAGAUAUUGGAGGCUUUCCCCAGUUGUACACUGACCGCGAAGCAUUGCAAGAAUAAGCACAAGCGGCUCAAGGAGAAGUACCAGUACACCGCUGAUAUGCUUGCUUGUAGCGGAUUCGGAUGGAACAACGAGAAAGAAUGUGUAGAGGUUGACAGCAAAGACGUCCUUGAUGCUUGGUUGAAGGCACAUCCGACCAAGUUCUACACUCCUGGCAAGCCAUUUCCUUUAUUUCACCGGCUGGAAGGUAUCUUUGGCAGGGAUAGAGCCACGGGAGCCGGGGCCGUUAGUGGCUUCGAUGUGGAGGAACAGGUUAACGAGGAGACAGACGACAUUGCUGCUGGAUUUGAUCAGUCUGAGAUGUCUCCACCUCCAGACCAAGAGGGAGUUGCAGCAAUGCAAGGACAAGCAUCACAUUCUGAGGCCGGUGCGACCGCAGGAAGCACAAGGCUAUGCGGGAGGAAGAGAAAACAAGUUGACCUGAUAGAUGAUGCCAUUGUUGGUGUGAACGAGAAGUGGAAGGUUGGCGAGAAGCUCACACAGCUUGGAUUCAGUGAUGACGAUGUGGUGAGAGCGAUUCUGAAGUUUGCCCAGACUCCUAAUGUGUAUGCACAUUUCUGGGGCUUGUCAGAUUCACAAAUGAUUGCGCUUGUGCGUUCCAUUAUAUGA